AUGUCGUCCGGUGAAGAGCAGGUGAACAAAAUGAAGCACCGUCAGGGCUACCGGAAUGUAUGGCAUACAGAUCUCAUGAGCACCAUGGCUGCCGAUACUCCUUAUUGCUGCUUUGCGUUAUUCUGCGGACCAUGCGCAUCAUACCUGCUUCGUAAGCGAGCUCUCUAUGGUGAUAUGUCGAGGUAUUUAUGUUGUGGUGGAUAUAUGCCCUGUAGUGGAAAGUGCGGAGAACGUAAAUGUCCUAAAUUUUGCCUUUGCACAGAGGUCUUCUGCUGCUUUGGGAAUUCCGUAGCAUCCACUCGCUUUAUGUUGCAGGAUGAGUUUCACAUACAGACAACCAAAUGUGAUAACUGUAUCAUUGGUUGCAUGGUUUGCCUCCAACAACUUGCGUGUAUAUUCUCCAUUAUCGCUUGCCUCGUUGGAAGCGAUGAACUCAGUGAUGCAUCUCAGUUGCUGAAUUGCUUAGCUGAUCUGGUUUUUUGCACGUAA